UUCACUCUCAUCUGCAGAGAUGAGCGCCAGUACUCUUGUGACUGUGGCUUCGGCCGCCUCUGGUAUUGCUAUUGUUGUCUGUGUUUUCACAGUUGGAAUGAUCUUCAAUGACAUCAACUCAUUCUACGAUGAGAAGAUCGGGGAGCUCAAGGAGUUCAAGGGAUACGAGCAAAUCGCUUGGCAAGCAAUGAUCCCAACCACUCGCCCAUCAUCCGGGUCAUCAUUCCUUCUCGGACGUAACAAGAGACAGGCUGAAUGCAACUGUGGAGAACAAUCCCGUGGAUGCCCAGCUGGACCACCAGGACCACCAGGACAACCAGGAGCUCGCGGAGAGGCAGGACUUCCAGGAAUUGCUGGACAACCAGGAUCUGGAGCAAGAAUUAACCCAGCUACGGGAAGACCAGGAUUCUGUAUCACUUGCCCAGCAGGAGCACCAGGACCAGCUGGACCACCAGGAGCCCCAGGACCAAAGGGAAACAACGGACAACCAGGAGCCCCAGCUCAAUCAGGUGGACGUGGACCACCAGGACCACGCGGACCAGCCGGAGAUGCCGGAUCACCAGGACAGCCAGGACAUCCAGGAUCUCCAGGAAAUCCAGGUCGUGGAGGACAACGCAGCCGUGGAACUCCAGGAGCAUCCGGAAGACCAGGACCACAGGGACCAGCUGGAGCCCCAGGACAGCCAGGACGUUCUGGAGGAGCUGGAACUCCAGGACCUCAAGGACCACCAGGACCAUCCGGACAACCAGGACAUUCUGGAAACGACGGAGUUCCAGGAACCCCAGGAAACCCAGGAGCCCCAGGAGGAGAUGCUGCCUACUGCCCAUGCCCAGCCCGUUCUUCUGUCAUGGCCGUCAACCGCCGCGUCGCUGUCAAUCGAAAUGUUGCCCGCAACCGUGUUGUUGUCCGUCACCGUAUCGCAGCUCGCCGCCGUGUUGCCGUUCAACGCAGAGCUCGCGUUCACGCACAGGCCGUCUAAGCAACAGUCAUUGUUUAAUAAAUAUUCAGCAUACAAUUUUU